GUCCUCGCUCCUUCCAGCUUUGACUACACUACAAACAGCAUGAGCUACACUGGAUGUUGUUCUACCGGAUGCUGCUCCGUCGUGAAGAGCAAAACAGUGUGCUGCAGCCAGCCCUGCCAGAAGACCAUCUGCUGCAACCCAUGUCAGAAGACCAUCUGCUGCGACCCUUGUCAGAAGAAGACCGUCUGCUGCGACCCAUGCCAGCAGUCCUGCUGUGAUCCAUGCCAACAGUCCUGCUGUGACCCAUGCCAACAGUCCUGUGACCCGUGCCAGCAGUCCUGUGACCCGUGCCAGCAGUCCUGCUGUGAUCCAUGCCAGCAGUCCUGCUCCCCCUGCCAGCAGUCCUGUGACCCGUGCCAGCAGUCCUGUGACCCAUGCCAGCAGUCCUGCUGUGACCCAUGCCAGCAGUCCUGUGACCCAUGCCAGCAGUCCUGUGACCCGUGCCAACAGUCCUGUGACCCAUGCCAGCAGUCCUGUUGUGACCCAUGCCAACAGUCCUGUGACCCAUGCCAACAGUCCUGUUGUGACCCAUGCCAGAAGACCGUGUGUUGUGACCAGCAACCCUGCUGCUACUGCAGCUGCCGUCCCUGCUGCUCUGACCGUCUGUCUUGCUGCUCCUACGUGGUGAAGAAGCCCGUUACG